GUCACCCUCCCACGCACUGCCAAUACUCAGAACCGGGGUUUCAAGGGCAUUUUUGAGUUCUCGAACUCGUUUACAAAAUUAGAUUUCAUUAAGAAAGACGGGGAACACAUUCGCGGAACAGAGUGCGAUCAAAAAAUUCUAAGCAAAAAAGAAUCCAGCGGCUUCGUUUUCAGCCCCAACUACCCCUUUCCUUAUAUGCCUAAACUAGUGUGCCGUUACUUCAUCUACGGCAUGCAGGACUCUCAACAUCUGGAACGAGUCAGGUUGGAGUUUGUUAUGUUUGAGAUCCCGAAAGGACCGAAAGGAGAUUGUACGGACGGAUACCUGAAAAUAUACUUGAAGGGCCAAGAAACCACGGAUUCGUAUGACAAAUUUGACUACGAGAUGUGUGGUGAGGACAGCAAACCAACAGUUGUUGUCUCCGACGGACCCAGAAUGGUUAUUGUUUUCAGUAGCGGGGAACUGAUGGGUAGGGGCUUCAAAGCCAACUAUACUUUCGAGACUGAAUACCGCAUCCCUGGGACCGCAGCUCCAGAUGGUUCCUGUUCGUUCACCUACAGAAGCACUAGCAAGAAGAAAGGAGAGUUCAAUUCUCCUCGAUAUCCUUCUAAUUAUCCCAGUGACACGAAUUGCACCUAUCUCUUCCUUGCCACCAAUAACGAACAAGUUACUUUGGUUUUCGAUAAUUUCAAAAUUCGCGCCGAUAGCGUUAAUAUUACUAUUGGUUCCUAUGGAACUACAAUUUGCCAAGAGGACUGGAUCGAAAUCUUCAACGUGUACCGCGACGGCACCGAAACGAAAAUCGGCAGGUACUGCCACAUGUCCGCGCCCGGCCCCAUCGAGUCCAACAGGGGGGCCACGGGGCUGAAACUUGUCCUUCAUUCGGACUCCGACGGGGUCUACAGCGGCUUCAAGGCGCGCUACAGCUUCGAACUGGCCAAGUCCAUAUUCGGUGAUUGCGGCGGGAACGUCAGCAGUCUGGACUACGGAGUGAUAACGAGUCCCAAUUUCCCGAAGGAUUACGGGGCUCCGUCGAAGAAUCAAGCGUCCAAGAGCUGCAACUGGUAUGUAACCGUGAGGCCGAAGUACAAGAUUCUGUUGGUGUUCGAGAAGUUCGCGGUCGAAGGGGACCCUUCAGGUAGAGGUUGUCCGGCUGCUGUUCUGAGGUUAUGGAACGAUUUAACGUCGACGCCAGUGGAACUUUGUGGAGAAAAGGCACUUGGUGACAAAUCAUGGCAAUAUAUCUCAACAUCGAACGCCAUGAGGUUCAGUUUUAUAACGGCCGAUAAAGCAGUGGGCGCGCAGGGAUUCAAAGCCACUUGGACCGAAGUUAUCGAAGGGCCUAGCUGCGAUGAGUUCCAGUGCUUGAAGUCGGGUUUUUGCAUCCCCGAUAAGCUGCGGUGCAACAAGAUAAAUAACUGCGGAUCCGACGACGAGUCGGACGAGGCGGACUGCACCACAGACGAACAACCUCGAGAGCACAUCCGAACCUCGUGGGUGAUCGCCGUCGCCGCCAUUUUGCUCACGUUAGUCCUCCUCUGCAUCAUCUGUCACAGAAAGAGAAGGAGGCGUCGAAGAAGGGAUCUACGACGCUCGCUCCACGUCCCAGCCGUCCCAGGGACUUCACGUCAGCCCCCGAUUCACUUUUGCGAAGAAUUAGGUGAACGUUUCGCGUCCGUGGACAGUGUCUGAUGAUGGUUGAAGACGCCACUUUCGAAACGUUACCUCGCGUGGGCUCUCAAGCUGUCAGCAAUAUUUUCGAGAAAACAGGGUCAAAACGACAAAGUUUCUAAUGGGUUGAAUUAGUGACGCGGUCGAAGUUGUUUGGGGGUUGGUAAUGGUCUGGGGGUCGAUGGGGAUUUGAAACCUUUGAUGGAUUUCAAUGACUUCAAAUAUUGGAAAGAUCUCGCCUGAUCACAGAAAUCUGUUGGUUUGCUUCUCAAUUGUUCUGGAAUCCUCUCAGUAUUUUUCAU